UGACAGCAGAUGUGCUUGUUGCCGUGGCGGCAGAGCACAACAGCUCAAGAACGUAAAAGAAUACUCGUCCAUUUUCAUCUUUUCUUCAUCACUCCCCCUCCUCUUUUCAUCCGGAAACUUCUUCUUCCUCAUCAUAUUCAUCAGCCUCCUCCUCUUCCUCGUCUUCCUGGUGUUAGAGCAUCAGAAGCAGCAGAGAACAACCAAACAUGGACGUCGAGCUGCUGCUGCUCAGCCAAUGAGAACGGGGAACAGCAACAGGAAGUUAGGACGAGCGAGGAAGAGGGCGGCGGCGGUGGCGUGGAGCUGCCUACGAAGCCGAGAAACACUUAGAAGAGGAGGAGGAGAUUGUGUUGAGCUUGCAACUUUAGCAGCAUCAUCACAAUUUUAUAAGACUGCGGCGUGGCAACACAGACACACACACAUUCAUUGGGAUCUGAACAGCAACAAAGUUCUUCUUCUUCUUCUUCACCCCGAGUGUCAUCUCCAUUUCCUGCAAUUUGUUUUCAUGACGUGACGCACACCAGUGAUUGGACCCCCUCCCUCCAUCUCUCCAUACCUCCAUCCCUCCCUCCAUCCAUCCAUCCAUCCAUCCAUCCCUCCCUCCCUGUGCCCCUCCCCGUCAUCAACAUGUCAAGCCGCUGCCAUGCUAAGAAGUCAGGACAGGGUCAGUGACGCACCCACUACCUAGUCCGAGUGGGUUUGAAGCAAGAUGGCGGCCGGCGUGGCAACAUGGCUGCCAUUCGCGCGGGCGGCGGCCGUGGGAUGGCUGCCGCUAGCCAAGAAGACCAUGCCCAAACCUCCUGUGGACAACUCGUCCAGAUCAGACGAAAUCCUCUAUGUCAAUGUCAGCGGGGUCCGCUUUCAGACAUGGAAGAAUACGCUGGACCGCUAUCCCGACACGCUGCUAGGCUCCUCGGAAAAGGAGUUCUUCUACAACGAUGACACUCAGGAGUAUUUCUUCGACAGGGACCCCGAAAUGUUCCGCCACAUCCUCAACUUCUACCGCACCGGGAAGCUGCACUACCCACGACACGAGUGCAUCCAGGCCUUCGAUGAGGAGUUGGCCUUCUAUGGCAUCGUGCCCGAAAUCAUCGGAGACUGCUGCAUGGAGGAAUACCGAGACCGGAAAAAGGAGAACCAGGAGCGUCUGGCCGAGGACACGGAAGCUAACGAAGCUAUGGAUGCGCCCCUGCCCCCGCACAGCAGCCCCAGAGAGCGUCUGUGGCGAGCCUUCGAGAACCCACAUACGUCCACUAUGGCGCUGGUCUUCUACUACGUGACGGGAUUCUUCAUCGCUGUGUCGGUCAUUGCCAACGUGGUGGAAACAGUCCCUUGCCGACCCCCCAAGGGGAGCGUCAAGGAGCUCCCGUGCGGCGAGAAGUACCAGCUGGCAUUCUUCUGCAUGGAUACGGCAUGUGUACUCAUCUUCACCUUUGAGUAUCUGAUGCGUCUGUUCGCCGCGCCCAGUCGCUGCAAGUUCAUGCGUUCAGUCAUGUCGGUCAUCGACGUGGUGGCCAUCAUGCCCUACUACAUUGGCCUGGUAAUGCCAGAGAACGAGGACGUGAGCGGCGCCUUUGUCACGCUGAGGGUAUUCCGUGUCUUCCGGAUCUUCAAGUUCUCGCGCCACUCGCAGGGUCUGAGGAUUUUGGGCUACACACUCAAGAGCUGUGCCUCGGAGCUGGGCUUCCUGCUCUUCUCCCUCACCAUGGCCAUCAUCAUCUUCGCCACCGUCAUGUUUUACGCCGAGAAGGGGACCAAGGGCUCCACCUUCACCUCCAUCCCGGCCUCCUUCUGGUACACCAUCGUCACCAUGACGACACUGGGGUACGGCGACAUGGUUCCGAACACCAUCGCCGGGAAGAUUUUCGGCUCCAUCUGCUCGCUGAGCGGCGUGCUGGUCAUCGCCCUCCCCGUGCCCGUCAUUGUGUCCAACUUCAGUCGAAUCUACCACCAAAACCAGCGCGCAGACAAGAUGCGAGCGCAGCAGAAAGUGCGCUUGGCCCGAAUCCGCAUGUCAAAGAAAGGAACUACUAACGCCUUCCUGCAAUACAAAGAAGAUCGAGCUCUUGGGGACCGGGACAGUGACAGCGGCGCUCUCUGCGUAAGGAACAAGUCGGCAUUCGAACAUCAACAUCAUCACCUUCUUCACUGUUUAGAGAAGACCACGAACCACGAGUUCACGGACGAACUCAACUACAGUGAACUGUGCAUCACAGAGUCGGUGGGCUUCCGGACCAGCCGCAGCACCUCCCUGUCCAGCCAGCAGGGGGCGCUAAACCACUCCACGGGCUGCUGUCCCCGCCGCGUCCGGAGGCGAGCGGCCAUGCGGCUGGCCAACUCCACCGUGUCAGUGAGCCGUGGUAGCGUGCAGGAGCUGGACAUGAUGCACGGAAAGGGCAUACCUUGCCCACCACAGACUCGUUCCAGCCUCAACGCUCAGAUCAACCUCAAGCUUAACUGUGGUGAGCAAGACUUCAGUGCUGCCAUCAUAAGCAUCCCCACACCGCCUGCCAACACGCCCGACGAGAGCCUGCCACCCUUGCCGGCUGCCAUCCCGGGGGGCAUCCUGCGCAACACGCGCGCCACUGCCUACACCCCUGAUGCCGUCAAGAUCUCCUCCUUGUAA